AUGAUUGAAGCAUUAAAGACUGGUAAAUGUAAAACAAUCAUCGAUGUUUGUUAUAUGCCAACGGUAUCAGCAAAAUAUAUAUCACCAUUAGAUAAUCCAAUUUGGCAUAGCAUCAAAGAACGUAUUCGAAGUAAAUAUUCAGUCACAACAGCAAAUCUUCCUGCACUACUUUCAGAAACUUUUUUUUCAUUAUCGAAAACAGAAAUCAAGAAUGCAUAUCGUAAAUGCGCUAUUGUACGUGGAGUUGAUGUUUUCUAUCCCAAACCAUCGAUAUAA